UUUCCACCCAAAGCGGAGAGAGCGGGAUCCCGUGGAUUGCCUGCCGCGCGCAAUUCGGCCCGAUGGAGGAAGAACUGGCAGCCGCCAAACGCGAAUUAGACGAGGUAAAGGAAGAACUCCUCCUCAAGACGGACGAAUACAACGAGCUGGUCACGGCGAGCAGCAUGAUCGAAGCAGAACUUGAAAAGGAUCUCCGAGUAGUGGAGCAAAAGGCCGAGAAGUGGCGACAACAGGCACAACGAUUUGAAGACGAAGUUCGCGACGCCAGGAAAAAGAUGGUCGUGCAUUUUCGAGAGUCCGCGACAUUACAGCGCGAAUUGGACAGGACCAAGGAAAAACUACAGAUUUUAUCACAGGACAAAGCUCGAUGGGAAACCGAGCUCGAUCACUUGACAACCCAAGUUCGGAUUUUGGAAGCAUCGAACGAAGAUCUCAAGCACCAGCUUGAACGAGCACACGAAGACAAGGUAUUUCUGCAGCACGACUACGCCGAGAUCGAAAAGGAGCACGAGUUGACCAGUGAGAGGUAUCGUUCCGAGAUACUCGAUUUGAAGUCCGAAUUGUUUGCGGUAAAAGUCAAGGUGGCCGAACCUCCCCCGAGGCCAUUGACCGACGAGUUGACAGAGCGAGACUCACUUCGUCUAAGUCUGCUGUCAAAUUUAAUUGACGACAACCCGUUCCGCCCGUCGCUAUCUCUGGAGCGCGACAUGGAAGAGAACGAAAAGCAUAUCCAGAUCCUUCAAGACGAGCUGCGGGAGUUGGGCAACCGGUUGCAGGAAGAAGAAGACCGACGAGGGCAGUUGGAAGCGCAACUUGUCUAUAUGCAGGAUCGACAGGCGCACAUGGAGGCAAUGGAGGCGGAAAUAAAUGACAUGUCUGAGGAACUGAUCCAGAAAGCCGAGCAAGUGAGGCGCGCGGAAAACGAGAUCACUUGUCUCCAAACCAACCUCUCGUUCACGCUGGCGUCCGUGGAAGCGAUGCUGUCGUCGACGAAGGAGCAACACGAAGUCGAACUUGAAGCAUUACGGGUGAAGUUGGAAGAAUCCAGGAGCAUGGCGUCGUCCCAAGAGUCGUCGUUCCGUGAGUUGUCCAUGUUGCGUGCCGAAUAUUCUCAGCUAGAGGCAUCGCACGGCCAAGCUAAAGUGCAGCUCGAAAUGGAACGCUCCAAGUUUGCACAAGUGUCGGCGGAACUUCAAGAAAGCAAGGGUGCUACGGAAGCAGUUCAACAAGAGCUCGAUGAGCUGCGCAAACAAUUUGAGGAGCUGCAAGACCAACACCAAGUUGUCAUGUCGGCACAACCAUCCCAACCCCCACAGCCGCCGUCGACCACAGCUACUGGGAGAACUCCAUCCAUGGAAGGACACCACGACAUGGCUCAAAAGUACCUUCUCGAACGAAAACGCAACGCGAUGCUAUUGUCCCGACUGCAAAAUGUCACGGGCAACAUGCAAGUCCUGUGCCGUGUGCGGCCGUUGCUAGCCCGCGACCCGACGCACAAAGGCCCGGACAUGGCAGUCGAUGUGCUCAACCUUACAGACGUCGCGUCGAUGGAGAUGAAGGCGGACCAUGUUGACAUGGACGCCCCUUGGAGAGUUUUCACAUUCGACAGGGUGCUCAGUCCGCAGUGCUCCCAAACCGACGUUUUCCGCGAGGUGGAGCCGAUUGCACAGGCCGUCAUUGACGGCUUCAAAGCGUGUAUUUUUGCCUAUGGCCAGACUGGAUCGGGAAAGACCUACACCAUGGAAGGCACACCAAGCCAGCCUGGCUUGAACUUCCGCCUGAUGAGUCACAUGUUUGACUCGAUGGCAUUGCGUGGAACAAUCGUGGACCACCCCAAGGCGAUGGCGAGUUUUGAAGCCGAGUCCGACCGCCCCGUGUUCCAUCUGCAGUUGGGGGUGUUUGAGAUUUACAACGAAACGAUUCGCGAUUUACUGAAUGUGAACCAAGUGCUCGACAUUCGCACAGACGAGUUCGGGGACAUUGGCGUCCCUGGCCUCCACAUGGAAACGGUGUUUCACCCGGCGCACGCGUUGGACAUUUUGGCCCAAGCACAAAAGAACCGAUCGAGUUGCGCAACGAACGUUCACAACAACAGCAGUCGUUCGCACAGCGUCGUACUUGUCCAGAUGCGAUCCAACGCUGGCCAGCGUGGCACGUUGUACUUGGUGGAUUUGGCAGGCUCCGAACGUGUCAAAGUUAGUGGCGACCAUGCGUUGAAGGAGACGGCGGCGAUUAACAAGUCGCUGGCCGCCCUUGGCGACGUCAUGGAAGCGUUGGAUAAGAAGCUAUCGCACGUGCCGUAUCGCAACUCAAAACUUACGUACGCGCUCCAAGACGUGCUCGGAUCCAGCCAAUGCAAGACCGUCAUGAUAUUGAACGUGGCACCUGGUUUCACCACCGCGAGUGAAACGUACCGCUCGAUGCAGUUUGCGGAACGAGCCCGUCGGAUUGUAUUUGCUCCGAACGGCAUCAAGCCACGACAGCGAGGCCUCCUCACCGGGAAACAAGCAUUUACUGAAAUAAAAUCGCUCAAGUCACAAGUGGCUGCAGCCAACACCAAGCUUAUGCAGAUGAAUCAAACCAUCGUGACGAUGAAACGGGACCACAAGAACGAACAGGAUAAACUUGCAUCGCUGUUGGAGCAAAAGACCAAAGCGCUCGAUGACGCGAAAGGUGUCGUGCAGACCUUGCGCACUGCCAACAAUGAACUCUUGGAGAAACUCAAGCACGAAAAGGAGCUUCGACAGCAGGAAUUGGUACAGGCGGAACAAGAAGUGAAACAGCGUCGCCAGUUGCAAUCCAAGACCAAAGUUUCUGUGGCGCAUAAAGAAUCGCUCGAAAAACUACUGUUUGAAAGGGAGAGCGAAGUCAUCAAGCUUCGUCAGAGCCUCAACGAUGCCCGGCGGCGGAGUCAAAACUCUUUGAUUCCUCGCCUGUCCCUUGAGGCCACCCAACCGCUGCAGUCGUCGGCAACUGCGACACCACUCAAGACUGUCAAAAGUUUAACCGCCGAAGAGCCUGUAUCGUCGUCAGCAUCUGAAACUGAACAAGAGUCCGAAUCGUCAGACAAACAAGGUCCUUGUCGGGUCCCACAGCGAGUUUUGCGUCGCACGACGUACCCUCAAACCCGAAACUCAAGUGACGACCCUCCUCCCGUCGACUGCAAUGCCCUUCCCAAGCGCAAGGCUGUGUCGGCAAUUCGUGUGUCGAGCGCGGUCGCUGCAAUUGAAGGCGCUCUGAGAAAACCAGUGUCGAGGUAUGUGCGUCAUCCCUUGGAAUCGGUCGGGUCUGUGUGAUUGAUUCGGUUCGCAGCACCGUGGAGGCAAGGAGUAAAAUUCCUCGAAGGACAUUUGGAACCACAAGAAGCUCCCCGCGAGAAGACAACCAAGUUUCCAACGGCAAUAAACAGUCGCCACCGUUGAAGAGGAUGUGGAAGUAAUACCCCAACGCUUGACGGCUUUCUCUUAUUCGUGAUGCAAUUGUUGAAGUCGGGUGUCGGGGACGUGGGGUUGGUCAAAGCUCAGCGACUCCAACGUGUGCAAGAGUUCAAGCAAUUGGUCUUGCGUUUCGCCGUCGUCAGCCUCUUGGACAGUGUCAAACACGGCGGGCUUCAGCACAUCUUCAAACAGACUCUCGCCAAAGUCGGCGGUCAAUGCUUCCGACGGUGGCGGUGGUGAAAAUUUAGCCUCAUCUUCAAACACGCUACGAAAUGCGAUGGGUCGAUCUCUCGCUGGAAUGACAACAGCGUGGUGUCUACCUCCGAGCCGUCGACUUUUCCGGCGACACCAUGUCCUUGUUCAUUCUCACGGUCGCGCCAAAGUCCCAGUCAGAGUUCGCAUCAUCCAUUUCUUGCGUGGAGGAAGAUGAUAUCAUUUUGACUUUAGUGCUGCUGCAGUUAGCUUCCACGGGAGCGUCGCCGUUUUGAAUUUGGGCUCGCUACAACGCGGUCAUCAACCAGUCUAGGAUUCCACUGGUUAUCGGUGCACCUCAAUGAGUUCCGUGAGAUACGAGAUGUCUUUGUCCGAUUUCGAGUUAAUGAAGGGAUGUUGAAGCAGCUCGAGCGCCGUCGGUCGAGCUGUGGCGUCUUUGAUCAGGCAGCACGCUACAAAGUCUUUGAAUUUAUCACUGAAGUCGCC